CUCCCCCCUCCUUCCCUCCAUCUCUCAUCUGUGUCAUAAAAAAAAAAAAAAAAAAAUCGUGAAAGCCAGCCACCAAUUGAAGUUGACAAAGGCUUGUAGCCUACCGUCUUUUGUUUUUGUAUUUUGUUUUUUUUUAGUUUGAUUAUAUAUGUACUGACGGUUUUCGGAGCUAAAGUAUCAGAGAGCCUAAAAUCCUAAACCCCCAAAACCACAUUCUACAAUUUUUGUUUUGUUUUUUUCAGCAGCGGAAGAUAGCAAUGGAGAUCGAUAGAAUCGAUGGGCGAACGCCGAACCAGUUGAGACCACUCGCUUGUUCUCGUAACGUUCUUAACCGUGCCCAUGGCUCUGCCAGUUGGUCCCAAGGAGAUACCAAAGUUCUUGCUGCUGUUUAUGGACCAAAAGCAGGAACAAAGAAGCACGAAAACCCUGAGAAGGCUUGUAUUGAAGUUAUUUGGAAACCUAAAACUGGGCAGACUGGAAAAUCGGAAAGGGAGUACGAGAUGAUAUUGAAGAGAACAUUGCAAAGUAUCUGCAUUUUGACCGUCAAUCCAAAUACAACAACAUCAGUUAUAAUACAAGUUGUCAACGAUGAUGGUGCACUUCUCCCUUGUUCCAUAAACGCUGCAUGCGCUGCACUUGUAGAUGCUGGAAUUCCUCUGAAACAUCUUGCUGUUGCAAUAUGUUGCGGUCUGGCAGAAAGCGGAUAUGUUAUACUGGACCCCGCCAAGCUAGAAGAACAGAAAAUGAAGGCUUUUGCAUAUCUCGUCUUCCCAAACUCAGUUCUCUCAGCCCUUCCUGAAGGAUCACCAAAGGUAGAAGGUGAACCCAUGGAAAAUGGGAUCAUCACGUCUGUUACACAGGGUGCAAUGGCAGUGGACGACUACUUCCACUGUCUAGAACGAGGGCGUGCUGCCAACGAAAAGAUGUCUGCUUUUCUCAGGAGGAGUUUGCAACCCCAACUCCCGGGCUGACUCAAUUAAAGCCAGGUGUUUGGCCUGCCAUAACGUAGCAGCUGUAUUUUACAGUUUUGAAUCAUUAGUUGGAUUUCAUGACUUUUCUGCUGGAUCUCUGUUGGAACCAGAACGCCACCAUUUCCUGUGGCUGCAGUGACCUUAGUGGGGGUUUUUUUUUUUUUUU